AUGCCAUCAAUCAAGUUAUGUAAAGAGCCAGACGACGCAUUGAGCACGGAGCCUUUGCUUUCAUUCCCUCGUUUGAAGAAUCUUAUUGUCGAUCAAGUUGGAUACGAUGCCGACUUAACACACACCACUGUUGAGCAAAAGCUGUGUCCAUCUAUUGAGUCGAUAUUCUUCUUCAGCUGGGCUAAUGGAUUCGAUAAGGAUCUCUUGGCUGCCAUAAGCUCAAAGUGUCCCCGACUGCGCUCCAUCAAACUGGAAAGAAUCAAUACGAACGACACUGAUGUUACACCUAAGGAUUUCGACAACUUCUUCCGGAUCAAACCAUUCGAGAGCAUAAGACUCGACUUCCCACCGCCGCUUAUGAGUGUCGAUCUCAUCUCUACUUUUGCCAACAUGAAGACUCUUACAAAGUUGUCUAUCACAGAACGACUAACACCGCAACAAAUCCCAGGAGCUUUCUCGAAUGAAAGUGCUUCGUUCUUCCAGAAUCUCCAUGAGGUUGAUCUGAUGCUUGAUCGGGAGUCUGUAGAGCCCAUAACUCUGGCGAUUCGCCACGCUUCGAAAGUGGACCUCAACAUAUGGUCUCAACCGGAUGAACAGAUGACUAUGUUUUCAAACCUCAAACACAUGGUAAAUCUCAAGGAACUGGAGCUGGAAUUUGAAGGAGAUGGUACCUUGUUGCAAAGCGAAGAUCUGUGCUGUUUUGGGACCUUGACGAACCUUGAACAUCUUGUUUGUGCCGCCAGGGAAGAAGACUAUGAUCCAAUCAUUCUCGAAUCUUCCGAUGAUGCCGAUUUGCGAAGGAUAUUACCUGGCUUGCCACGCCUGCAGCGCUUGGAAUGGCUUCUCGAGACUGACAUCUCGGUUGAGACUUUAGAAACACUGUCAACUCAUUGCCCUGAACUUUCGCUGGCGAAUUUUCUUGGAUCCUGGGACCUCGUUGCUCUUACUGAUGUGCCCGGAUGCUUGUUCCCAGAAUUGAGGAAUCUCACACUGUGCAAGCCUCAUGUCAAGACCCGUAGAGGCCCCGUUCCCGCUAGGCGAUGUGCUGUGCUAAUUCUCCGUCACGCACCCAAGCUCGAGAAGUUUACCUUUGUGGAAAAACCACAAUCAAAUGUUCUUCUUGCUUGGAGAAAAUUGAAAGAAGCUAAGAGACAGUUUAGAGAGAGUUCUUUCGAGCAAUUAGUAUCGACAAUCAUGAAUGAUGGCUAG